AUGAUAUCUGUCUUUCUCCCAGGUGACCGACUCUUGCAGGUGGAUGGGGUGAAUUUGUCUGGCCUCACCCACAAGCAGGCUGUACAGUGUCUCAAAGGUUCUGGCCAGGUGGCAAGGCUGGUCUUAGAAAGAAGAGUUCCCAGGACUACACAGCAGUGUCCUUCUGCUAAUGACAGGCUGGGAGAUGAAUGUACGGCUGUUUCCUUGGCAACAACCUUGCCUGGCAGGCCUGCGAGCUGUGUCUGUGCGACAGAUGGCCCAAAGUUUGAGGUCAAACUGAAAAAGAAUGCAAGUGGUUUGGGAUUCAGCUUCAUGCAGAUGGAGAGUGAGAACUGUGACCAUCCCAAGAACCAUCUUGUGAGGAUUAAGAGGCUCUUCCCAGGGCAGCCGGCUGAGGAGAAUGGGGCCAUUGCAGCUGGUGAUAUCAUCCUGGCCGUGAACGGAAGGUCCACGGAAGGUCUCGUCUUCCAGGAAGUGCUCCACUUACUGCGAGGGGCCUCUGAGGAAGUCAAUCUACUACUUUGCCGACCACCUCCAGGGGCUCUGCCUGAGAUGGACCAGGCACAGCAGACACCGGUGUCCUCAGCAGACAAAGAAUUCUGCAGGAAAACAUGCCCUGACUCAGGGCAGACUCCCAGUGUGGAUCCAGAGGAUGGUCAGGGGGACCAUGACUCCCUGGGUGUGGGAAAGGAUCUGGCUCUCAGUCCAGAAUCUUUCCGAAAGAUCCCCAGAGAGAUGCAAUCGGACCAAGAUAUAAUUAGACCUUGCGCUGCUUCUCUGAUGCGUCCUCAGGAUCACCACCCUCAUUUAUGCAGACGUCACCAAGAAAUAGAUGCACUGGCAUUGGCUACUUCUUUGGAAAAGGAUCUGAGGCAAAACUGCUAUUCAGUUUGUGAUAUCAGGAGACUUGAAAGCAAGGAGGAUGAAACACCUUAUACCAUCUACUCUUCGCUGGAAAGCCAACUGCCCUGUAGAGAUUGUUUGGAAGCAGAUUCAGAGACCAUCCCAUUGCCACAAUUCUGUUCUUGGGGUGUCCCCUCAGAGUCUUUGCCUCAGGAAGAAUCCUAUUACGAGAGUGAAUGGGAAGACCUAGAGGAGGCAGUGGAACCAGCUGAUGGUGUCCUCAGGUGAACAGGAAGUCUCGUGUGGCAUAACCCAAAGGUUUCUGCAAUAAAUGGAAGAGUUCUCAGAUGUCCUUGGUGCAGAGAAUAUCCCUAUAGGAGCCACAACCAGGACAGAAGUCUACGAGUUCUUGAGAAGGUGACCUAGGAUGAAGGGUCUCAUCUAAUUGUUAAGAACUAACUUCAAAAAGACCAUGCCUGUCAUUUCUGAAAUGCCUUUUGAACAGUGAUCAUGACUUUUCUUCUGC